CUAGUAAUCAUCAAAACCGGAAAAACCACAUCUUUUAUGUUGUCUAAGAUUUGUCUGUUCCCUUCAGAAGAGAGUUGAAUUUUUCAGCGGAAAGACCCGUCUCCACAACUGGUCCACAGGAAUCCAGGGAUAUUUCAUCAGUUUUGUCAGCAGCACGUGAAAAGAUGUCUACAGCUAAGUUCACACGAGCCAUCGUCCGCCAGAUUCCCGACUCCAUCCGGGACCAUUCGGAAGCAAACGAAUAUAAUGCAAGAUACGGCCUACCGCCAGUCGAGCCAAUCGACCUGGAACUAGCCCGUAAGGAGCACGCGGAGUACACACAGACCCUGCGGGACCUGGGGCUGGACGUGACCGUGUUGCCGGCAGACGAGUCUCUCCCAGACUGCCCCUUCGUGGAAGACACCUGUGUGGUAGUCGGCAACAAGGCACUGCUGACUCGGCCGUAUUCAGAGAGCAGGAGGCGAGAGGUCGACGCUGUAAAUAGGGUAUUGAUGGGCCUUGGACUUGAGAUACACCAAGUCGAUGAUGAAGAAGCAACGUUGGAGGGCGGUGACGUUUUCUUCACAGGACACGAAUUCUUCGUCGGCAAUUCAACACGCACCAACAUCAAGGGUAUAGAGUUCCUGCGAAAGACGUUUCCGGAGUAUCCCGUACACGCUAUCCCCCUGGCACCGCCCGAGUUGCAUCUGAAGGGGGUCGCCUGUAUUGCAGCGCCUGGAGUCAUUGCCGUGUGCGAGAGCGACUGGGGGAUUGCCGCCUGGAAGGCCAUUCAGGAACAGGCUGAAUUCUCUUAUGAAGCCCUGUGGACACCGGUACCAGACGUCGACUCUCCAUUCAUUGAUGAUCAUACCUGUGACGUCAUUUAUUUCAACGGAAACCUCAUCCACUGCAUGGAGGAAGAAGGGCCGAAGAGUGUGGAGAUUUUUGCGGAGAAGUUUCCUGACCUGAACCGAUCGGAAGCGACUGUUGGUGAGCUGCAAAAUGUUGAUGCUGGGCUGACCUGCUGCUCCCUUAUUUUCUAAGCAUUAACUAUUCGAUAUUUUUACAUUUAGACAACAUAUAUAUGCAAGAAAAUGUCAAAGCAGGACACAUUUAAAUACUUGAUGUCAUGCAAAAACGAAU